UCUCCCUCGGUGGGGCAAGAUGGAAGUUGUACAAAAGGACUACUGGUACUUCGUGGUACUCAUCUUCAUCCCUUUUCUUAAAGUUGCCAUCCCCCAGAGUCAGACUGCUGUUACAGUUCGUCUGGAGGAAGGGAUGGUUCUCGACUGUUUGUGCCCCUGGGGUGGCAACCUCAGCAUGGUGUCCUGGACUAAAGUACCAGACAAGGAUCCGAUAGCUGUUUUCCAUCCAGAGUUUGGAAUGGCCUUCUCUUACCAUUACCGAGAGAGGGUAGAAUUCCUCAGGACCACUCCUAUGGAUGGAAGUAUAUCCAUGAGGAACGUCACACACCAGGAUAUUGGGCAAUACCACUGUUCUGUUCAGACGUUUCCUCAAGGCCCCUGGACCAGGAACAUUCAGGUGGAAGAUUUAGAUGAGCCACCAGAGGAAGAAGAUGAAGAUGGCACAGAGCCCCCCACACCAGAGGUGAUUGAGGCAGACACAGAGUUGGUAGCAGAGCAGAACAGCAACCUGACCCUCAGCUGUAAUCACAAGCACAAUGGUACAGUUUACCAGAUCAUUCUGGAGAGGAUGGUGCAUGGCCAUCCCUGGGACAUCAUUGGAGUGUGUAAGAAGGUAGAAGGGGGACUGGUAGGUGAGGACUACAGUGACAGGGGCAGGAUCAACUGCGCAGAUAGCCUGGAUAUCAGUCUGCACCUGACAGGUGUGGCACAGGAAGAUGGUGGUUUCUACCGCUGUACUUUCAACACAGAUGCUGGCAUGCGGACCACCACUAUGCUGCUCACUGUGCCCCCUCCAGGUUACUUCAGCCUGUCUACUUACAUGAUGUAUAUUUAUAUUGGAGCUGGAGCUGCUGGACUGAUUUUACUCAUGAUCAUCCUCAUAGUAGCAGUGAAGCACAGGAAGAAGAGCAGGAGAGAGGAGUACAGAGUGAAGCUGCACCCGUCUCAGAGACAGCCAAACUUCUAUGAGAACGUCCAUGUGUGUCCCCGUUUCGCAAAAAGGUCCAGGGAGAUAAUCAAUUGCCCAGUGUAUGCCAACCUGCCGUCUGUGCAUCCACACAAAACCAAACGUCAGCUUCAUAACAAAUGAGCGAACAUAAACAUGAUGUACUGUAUAAUGUGAACGUGUAGGUUUCAUCUGUCAGAGCUGCCUGUGUGCCCUCAGCUAACAAAGCACAUUCAUAUACUUUAUAUAUGAGCAAAAAUAAACGUAUAUUGACAGGCGCAGAUUAUAAUUAUUUAUGUUGGAGUUGUUUUUUUAAUAAGAUGCCAAGAUCACAUUGACAAUGAUUAAUUAUUCAUACUGUGGUUUGAAAUGAUUUAACAAGCUGGUGCUCAUGUAAGUCUUAGAGGGCUGACAGGUUUGUUUGGGUCCAGCCCUGCUCCCACUAAUUAAGUGAAGUAUGUGCUGCAUAAAAUUACUGUUGAAGAAAUAUUUGUUUUGGGCAAAACUAUAUUUGACUGCAACCCUCACACAGAAAGAGCAGACAAAAGCCUGUACAAUCAUUCUUUUCACUCCCCUAAACCCUGAGUAAAACGAUUGACAAAAGCCUGUGUAAUUGUUGCUCUCCUUUUACUUUCAUCCCUCCUGGUUUCCAUUCAAAGCUUGACAAUGGUGUCUAAUCAUCUA